CUCUGUCUCUGUCUCUCUCUCCCUCUGUCUCCCAGGACCUUAUCGUGGACCAGACCAUAGAGAAGGUGUCCUUCUGCGCCCCGGACCGUAACUAUGACAAGGCCUUCUCCUACAUCUGCCGCGACGGCACCACCCGGCGCUGGAAUCUGCCACUGCUUCAUGGCCCUCAAGGACUCAGGGGAGAGGCUGAGCCACGCCGUUGGCUGUGCCUUCGCCGCAUGCCUGGAGAGGAAGCAGCGGCGGAGAAGGAGUGCGGCGUCACGGCCUCCUUCCCUUCGUGCGCGAGGGCUCGUUCCGUGUCGCGUCCUCCUCCUCCUCCGCCUCCUCUGGCCAGCAGGGCGGCGGGCAGCGGCACCGCUGAGCGAGAAGACAUCAUGAAGCUGCAGGAAAAGAAGAAAGACAUGCCCAGUGCCGUCCCGGCCCUGCCUCCCGGCGCGGCCUCCCCCCCCGAGGGCACGGCGUCCCCCCUGGAGCCCGGCGGGCCGCACGCCAUCCCCCGGCGCCACGCGCCCAUUGAGCAGCUGGUGCGGCAGGGCUCCUUCAGGGGCUUCCCGGCGCUCAGCCAGAAGAACUCGCCCUUCAAGAGGCAGUUGUCCCUGAGGCUCAACGACCUGCCCUCCACGCUGCAGCGCAGGACCGACUUCGAAACCCCCGGAGAACUAGAGUUGGACCUGGGUUUGUCUGAUGAGCCCGACUGCAUCAACGCCCUCUGCAGCCAGAUCAACGCCUCCUUCACCAAGCCCCCAGACGAGUACUUCACCCUUCCCGUCAGCUCCUCCAACGGGCUCCCGGCCUGCACCGGGCCCCCCGCCCUGCCCCCCCCACCUGCACCGGUGCAAGCCACCUCUUCCUGGGUGCAGGCGGACCCUCCGCUCCACUCUCCUCCCACCGUUUCCAUGGCGAGGCAGAUGCACAGCGGACACAGGCGCACGCCGUCCGAGGCCGAGCGGUGGCUUGAAGAGGUCGCCAAGGCCGUCCACGCACAGCAACAGACCCCUCCCCCUUCAUCUAUGGCCCCGCCCUCGGUCCCCAUCUUCCCCACCAUCCCCGGCCCGCCCACCAUGUCCAGUCAGUCCAUCUCCAGUCAGGUCGCCAAGUCGUCCGGCCCGGUGUCCUCCGUCUCCAUGUCCCACGGCGGCAUGGCCAACCCCCUGAUGUCCGUCUCAGGACCCUCCCCCAUGCCCCUCCCACCCAUGUCCCUAUCCUCCAUCCCGCUGAUCCCGGGUCCUCCCAUGUCCGGCCCCCCCAUGUCCCUCCCCUCCAUGUCCAUCCCCACCAUGUCCGGCCCCAGCAUGUCCGGGGCCCCCAUGAUGCAGCCCUCCCUCCCCGGGCCCCCAGGGGGCCCCCUCUCGGGCUCCAUGCAGCCCUUCCCGCUGGGCUUCGACCCGGCCCCGGCCCCGGGGGGAAUGUUCUCCGCCCAGCCCGUGCAGCCGGCCUUCGUGCCCAUGCAGAGCUACAUGCCGGGCCUGGCAAGCGGCAUGACCUACCCCAGCGUGCCCGUGGUGGGCAUCACGCCGUCCCAGAUGGUGGCCAAUGUCUUCUGCACGGCCGCCGGCUCGUCAGGCGGCCCCAUGGGCUCGCUGGGCGGGGGGGCCAAGGUGGGCUCGCUCGGAGUGGCGGUCGGCCAUCACCACUCGUACACCGGGGGGCCGGGCGCCAUCGUACACGCCGCGGGCUAUUCCACGCCCACGUUCCCCUCCGGCCAACCGCUGCCCGCCAUGGUGAACGGGCUGCCCGGGCACGGCGCCGCCCCCACCGGCAUGGGCCUGCUGAACGGCAACGCCAGCGGCGGCGGGAACGGCCGAGGCGGAGGCAGCGUCUGGCCCCCGGAGGGGAGCCAGCUCACCGCCCCACCUGGCCGCGUGGUUUCCCAGGAGGCAGACCGCUUCGAGGCCAAGUGGGCGGCGCUGGAGAGCAGGCCAGCGGCGGCGGGCAAGGCGGCGGCGGCGGCGGCGGCCAACCCUUUCUCCAACGAUCUGCAGAAGACAUUUGAGAUCGAGCUCUGAUAUGGAGACACAAGCCUUAGCGCUAUUAGCCUUAGAGUCCACCGAGCGGUAGUUCUGGCGCUUUCUCAUGAAGCAGGAUGCAACCACCCCAUCCCCCAUCCACCGUUCUAGCCUCGCCUCGCCUCCGUCCCGCGAUAGCCUCGCCACUCGCUGACGCCUCACUCCGAGGAGUGGAUGGGGUUAACUCAUUGGAUCGCUCACAUGACCCUCAACGGGUGGCUGAGGCAGCGGCAGAGGAAGUGGGCAGGUUGCUUAGCGCCUGGAUCCCCGGGGGCCGGGCGCUCGUCGGCUGAAACCUGUCCACCGCCUCUCGGCGUUGGCUCGUGUCCGCAGCGCUCACCGCCGCCACGCUCCCACUGGUCCACGCCGCUCAGAUUGAACCGACAUCCCCUUCUAAAGGCUGCAGGCCGCGGGCAGCGUGCAUGGACCCAGGACAUUGGGGACGCCACCUGGUGCAUUCCUGUCCAUUACCUGUCUUCGCCAUUUUCUUCCUUUCUUUUUUUCCUUCCUUCCUGCGUGGGGUAGGGCGUUCUGUAAGCUAGCAGACAGGCCUUUUAUCUGCCGUGGCCACGGAGCAGGGCGAGCGGAGGGGCAGAGAUGGAAGGACUGUCAGCUGAAGAGAUUCAUGGAGAUUUAAACCAAGCACAGCCCAGCGGGCCGCUGAGCGCAGAGGAACCGGCCAAUGGGACGCAGUUGACCCAACAGGAGAGGAUGAAAUCACUUAUAGUGGAAGAGAUCGAUGGCCAAAAGGAUUUUAUUAUUUAUUGAAUUUUAUAGUUAUUAUUAUUAUUAUUAUUAUUAUUUUGAAUUGUAACACGUUAUAGUUAUAUCUCAAGUAUCACUUUUCUAAACAGUGUGACGGGGGCAGCCUGUUUUAUUAAUUGUUCAUUUCUCUCCAUGUAUUUAUUUAGUUGAACUUUAAAGGACGGGAAACAAAUGAGUAGACAGACAAUGGAUGUGAUUUUUGGGGGGGGGGACGACGACGUUAGACAUGAUUCCCACAGGAACCGUGAAUGGAACCAGAUUGCCAAUGAUAACAGGCCAGUAUACCACCGCCUGGCGUUGUGUCACCACACACACACACAAGAUGUGGAGAGUGUAAAUAGAAGCAUGCUUUAUGGCCCAAUAGCUGUCAUGUUAUUCCACUGCAUCCAGAAACAGGUCAGUCCCCCCCAAUGUUCCCCAGGCUAUACAUGGAACCAGAACACAAUACAAACACCACCGCAAGACCCACUGGGAUUGGGUGGGAACACUCCAGACGCCUGGAGAGAUACAAACUCAGUGACUCUCUUUGGUGAGUCCCCGUCCCCCCCCAUGACACUGUGCAAGCGGUUCCUCAAAGACAAUGCACUACAUUCCAGCUGUGAGUGCCCCCCCUCUGCAGGGUCUGGAUACAGGGUUUAGAGCGCGGCCCCCUCCACUGUGACCCGCGCCAGGGGGCCCCCGCGUGGCCCCCGCCGUUAUCAGCAGUGCUUCAAAAACCAAAACAUAACCGGGGGAAUGGGAUGAGCGGUGAGACGGGAGAGAUGGAGAGAGCGGAAAAAUGUAGGAAUAAUAGAGAGAGAGAGAGAGAGAGAGAGAGAGAGAGAGAGAGAGAGAGAGAGAGAGAGAGAGAGAGAGAGAGAGAGAGAGAGAACGGAAGUGAGACAAGCUACAGGAAAAGGCGUGAGUAAGGAAUAUAAAAGGACGAAUGGAUGGAGGAGGAAAUACAAGAGUUUGCUGGGAAAGUGAUGGAGAGGAGCGGAUGGCGGUCGGAGCCAGGAGAGAGAUGUGUGGCAGCGGGGCGAUCAAAGGGGGAACGCUAGCCGCGGAACAAAGACAUGUUCAUCACCUAGCAUACCGCCGGACGUGGACCGCCUUUGACCAGUGGAACAGACCAGCUUUGUGAACGCUCCCCUCUACGCCUACACAUGCAACACACCCGCACACAGAUACACGUACACAUUCAACACACACACAAACGUGCACACGCACACAAACACAAACCUCCAAGUCCAACAUCGCCUCUUUAAAAACCCUGCAUUGAAGAACAGCUCUUUUCACUCAUCUAUCGUAGAGCCACAUAUUACAAGGCUGGAAUCACAUGCAAUGUUAUUUUUUACAGUAUGCUCAACUCCAUAUAUAGCUAAUGUAAACCUCCGACGCGUCAGGGCGUCAGGUGUUUAGACUCGCUGUUCGAGGCAUGAAGGAUGGGUUCCUUUCAGAGGCCACGGUGUUACGAGAGAAUACAAGUAAGACCCUGCGAGAUAGAAAGAAUCUCGGUUCGGAACAGCUUGGUGUGUCACAAAAAAACGCAAAAAAACACAACAAUAACAGGGCUUUUCUGGACUGCCAGAGCAGUCCCAUGGUCUCCAGAGCUUCUAGUACAAAAUGCUAAGAAUCAGACCAUAGCUACAUUAGCAUGGGUUAGCCGAUUCCCCAUGGCCCUUUCAUUCGAUGUAUGGCACAUUGCAUCCCCAGUCAAUUAUGGCAGCAAAUCAGAAGAAGUAAUUGGAAAACAAGGGUUAUAUCCUCAUUGGUUCUCAACAAGAGUAGUCAAAUGACAACAGCAGCUGUCUGUUUCAUAUGGCGACAAUUAGAGUCGUUAUGAAGACACUGUUAUCUCUAAAGGGGAUUCCCAUUGGUCACUUUAAUUCCUUUCCCUCUCUUCCAUUGGGUAAGAGGAGCUCAGUGAUCCCCUUUGAAAAGGGGGACCACGAUCUCCAACAGAUCCAUUCACAUUGACACCACACAGUCUCAAAUGUAUGGGACUCGAUACUGUCCAUCCCAGGGGAUUACGCCUCGGCUGGCUCGAACAAAUCGCUAUUCUCCCUCUCUAGAUCGCUCUAUUUAGGAGGCAAAUCAAUCAAACAAGAAAUUAAUAUUUUAUUUCUUAGAAAUAUUGUUCUUUUUUAUUUGUACUCUUCUGACUCUUUUUUCAUGCCCUCCAAAUUCUAUGUAGGUUAAUUAUGUUAAAGCAUUAAAGCGAAACUAAAUGACCUCAUACACUUGAUUGUAAAACCAUAGGUUAGAGAUGGUAACAAAAACAAACCAGUGGAGUUUAUUUUUAAUCUUUAUUUACAGAUUUUUUGUAUUUAAACCUACAUAUUUGUAUUGUAAUUACAUUGUACAAAAGAUGGAAAUAAAGUAAUAUAAUAUUA